UAUCUUGCUGCUCAAGACUUCUUCUUCCUUUCUUCGCUAUUUUAAUCAACUUGCUGCUUUGCUUUCAUAUUCCUACGAAUCAAUUACGCUCUCUAUCAAUUUGGAUCAUACGUAUCUGAAGAUGUUAACUGAAACAUCGGAUGUUCCGAAGGUCGGAUUCAGUUUCGACCUGUGCAGUAGAAACAAUAUGCUGACGAAGAAAGGAUUAAAACCUCCUGGCUAUCUUAAAACCGGCACUACCAUUGUCGGUGUAGUCUGUAAGGACUGUGUCGUUCUUGGGGCAGAUACCAGAGCCACAGCGGGUUCUAUUGUUGCUGACAAGAACUGUGAAAAGAUUCAUAAUAUGGCUCCAAACAUCCUCUGUUGCGGAGCUGGAACUGCUGCUGAUACAGAAGCUGUCACAGAUAACAUCAGCUCUCAGCUGAAGCUGCACAGAUAUCAUACCGGUCGUGAAUCAAGGGUUGUAACAGCACUCACGUUAUUAAAGUCUCAUCUUUUCCGUUACCAAGGUCAUGUGUCGGCUGCUUUGGUGCUUGGUGGAGUUGAUGUGACAGGGCCACAUCUACAUACCUUUGCUCCCUGCGGGGAGCAAAAUGGAAACACAAACAAUUUGGAUGGAGUUAGAGGCGGGGAGCAAACUGGCAAAAAACCGAAACAUCAGGGAGCAAAAUGGCUAUUUUUAAAGAUUUAUCCUCAUGGAUCAACAGACACACUCCCGUUUGCAACAAUGGGCUCUGGUUCUCUUGCCGCAAUGGCCAUCUUUGAAUCAGAGUAUCGUGAAGGGCUUACUAGGGAUGAAGGAGUGAACUUGGUAACGAAGGCUAUAUGCUCCGGCAUAUUUAACGAUUUGGGAAGCGGAAGCAACGUAGAUAUUUGUGUGAUAGAAAAGGGUAAGACGGAAUAUCUGAGGAAUCACCUUACUCCAAAUCCUCGCACUUACAUCAGUUCAAAGGGCUACACUUUCUCGAAAAAGACAGAAGUUUUGCAUACGAAGAUUACACCGCUUAAGGAGCUGGUUGAUGUGGUACAAGUGGGAGGAGAUGCGAUGGAAGAAUAAGUUUGUCGCUAUAUGGAGUUCUUCAGCAAGUUACGUCGAUAGCUUGAGAUUUAAACAGUGUUCAAACUUGCAUUUCGGUGACAUUGAAUUUGAAUUGCUUCUCUUAUUCUUAUAUCCAUGUAUUCGGGAAAUAUAACGUCUGAAGAAACACUGAACUAAUUAAGGGACUAAUUAGUUUGGUUUAUGUU